AUGAAGUCGACACUCGAUGAGGUGAUUCGGGAUAUGGAGGAUUGGCAAAGACGCUUUGACCCGUCGUGGUAUCUUAUUCUUCGAAUUCCAGACCCUAUGAUAGACAGGGCACUCAAUCAACACGUUCGAAAAAUCAUGACUGCGGCUACGGCAAGGACUUCGAUUGAAGACAUGGAAUCUCAUGUGUCUGGUACCUCUAUUAGGUCCACGAAUGUUGCAUCACAGUCACUGUCGAGGCAAAGUCCAUUAAUCAACGCCGACGGGGUCCGCGAUGCAUUGAGACCUAACCCACGCUAUAUUUCGAUAUUUCUGCCAGAGGAGGAUCUCGACAUUGUCAGCAUCCCUUACGCAAACGCAAUGCUCGCUCGACGCCGAGGGAGCACCGGUACGAAAUGGCUCAUUAUCAACUCGAUCCAGUGCACGCCUUCGAGUAACAUCACUGCCAUGACUAAAGAUAUACGUGGCCUUGCCCGAAAAUUGACACAAGUAGACCCAUCACGCUUUGGACUACUCCAAUGCAAGGGCGUGAUACGGCUCCUAAGGCCGCCCUCGUCACGAUUGGGUCCUCCUUCGACGCCAGAGAUACAGUCUUUCGACGUGGUCUUCCGCUCGCCAGAUGGCUCGUCGGCAUUUCGUUGCCUGCGUGAAGAUCUGCCCAAGCCAGCAAAAGUCUCACUCAGCAAUCGAGUGCGCAUUGCUCAGCAGAUUGCCCAGUCAGUCAACUACGUACACGCCCUCAAUUUUGUUCACAAGAAUAUUCGGCCAGAAUCCAUUCUCAUCUGGGACGGCACAGGGUCGAAGUUCCCCUCGACCUUUUUGGUCGGGUUUGACAAUAUUCGGUCUGCCGACGGCGCCACGAACCUCAUUGGAGAUACCGAAUGGACGACUAAUAUAUAUAGACACCCGACACGCCAAGGCGAGCGUCUCUUGGAAUCGCACAAAAUGCAGCAUGAUAUAUACAGCCUCGGCGUUUGUCUCCUGGAAAUCGGGCUGUGGAAUCCACUCAUUCAUUAUGUUCAGCAAGAUGGAGCAGGAUUGUCUCUUCAAAAACGAUGCCGCCGAGGAACCGUGCUCGAUGAUUUUGUGGCUGGUCGUGAAGAGACGAGCUCUAUGCUGUCAGGGGAGCCAUUCAAAAAGUAUUUGGUCGAUCUGGCGAAUGCAGAGUUGCCUACCUUGGUCGGCGAUAGAUACACGGACAUUGUGGUAAACUGCUUGACGUGCCUCGAUCAAAAGAAUAAUGGAUUUGGGGACGAAUCCGAAAUGCUCGACGAGGAUGGGAUUCUCGUUGGCGUCCGCUUCAUUGAGGCGGUUCUGCUGAGACUCAACGAGAUUGUGGUGUAG